AUGUGUGGAAAUACAUCAAAUUUAAAUUCACAUUUACAACAGUGUUUAAGUGUGAAACCAAAAAAUAACACUAGCAGUAUUGCGACAUAUUUCAAAGGACCAACAGCGAAAUUACCUCUGAACAGUAAAAGAAACAAGGAACUUACAAAGGGUUUAAUUAAGUUUAUCGUUAAAGAUCUAAGGCCCUUGAGUUUAGUAGAAGGAGAAGGCUUUCGUGAAUUUUUGGAUUUAGGUAUUCCCGAAUACAAUGCACCUAGUAGACGAACAAUAUCACGGUUAAUUGAUCAUGCAGCACUUUUGGAAAGGGAUAAUUUUAAGAAGUAUUUAUCAAAUAUUUCUUAUAUUAGUUUGACCAUCGAUUUUUGGACUUCCGAUUCAAAUAACAGUUAUUUAGGUGUAACUUGUCAUUUUAUUGACAGCUGGACCUUACAUUCACGAGUUUUGGAAGUCAUCGAAGUACUUGAAUCACACACUUCUAUAAAUAUAGUAAGCAAUUUAAAAUCCGUUCUUAAGACCUGGGAUAUUGAAAAUAAAGUAGUGGCUUUUGUUUGUGAUAAUGCUGCGAAUAUGGUUAAAGCGAUUAAUGAUAUGGAUAAAUUUAAUCUGGUAAGGUGCACAGCUCAUUCAAUUCAACUAUCUGUAAAUGCUGGUCUUAAAAAUGAUGUUACCAAGGAAUUGAUUAAUAAGUUAAGAAAGAUAGUUGGAUACUUUAAUAGAAGUUCGUCAGCUCAAAGUGAAUUAGAAAAGGAACAAGUUAAAUAUGGAGAACCACAAAAUAAAUUAGUGCAAGAUUGUAAAACUGACGAAUGGUUCAUUACAUCAGCAGAAGUACAAAAUUUAAAAGAUUUGGUUAAAGUUUUAGAGCCUUUUAAGUCUGUAACUAAUACACUCGGCGGAGACAAAUACGUAACGGCUUCCGUAGCAAACCGUUUGAUUAAAAGUUUUCUUAAUACAGUUCAAACGUGUGAAACCGAUUCUAACUUUAUAAAGACAGUUAAAUUGAGUAUACUACAAGACUUGAAAAUUAGACGAGAAAUGAUGAGCCCAGUUUUAUCUAAAGCAGCUGCGUUAGAUCCUAGAUUUCACGAACUAAAAUUCAUAUCCGAUGAGCAAAAAACUUUGAUUUGGGAAGAACUUGAAACUGAAAUUUGUGAAAUGAAUCCCCAGAGCCAGGAAAUUAUAAAUGAUCAAAAUAAAGCAAAUGAAAUAGAAAAUGUUAUUAGCUCGGAUGAAGAUAAUCCACCUCCCAAAAAAAUGCGUUCAUUAAUGGCUGAUAGCGAUGAUGAAGACGAAUUUUCGAUUGGUUUUGAAACUCCGAUGACAGCAUCAAGGCAACUACAAAACUACAAGAAUAUGACUACAAAAUGUCAUCGAGAUGAAGAUCCACUUAAAUGGUGGAAAGAAAAUUCAAAUUUAUAUCCAGAAGUCUCAAAAUUAGCAAAAAAAUACUUGUCGAUAGUCGCGACUAGUGUCCCAUGUGAACGUCUGUUUAGUGAGGCUGGCAAUAUAACUUCAAAGAAAAGAAGUAGUCUAUCUCCAGACCGAGUUAACAAUCUUCUCUUGUUGAACUCUUAUUAUAAAUCCACUAAGACAUCAGACCACACUUUGGAUGCAGCUAUCGGGUUUGAACUUUGA